AUGCUAGCAUGGCACAGGGCUUUGGGACAAGAGCUGAGCCGGCUGCCGCUGGACACGCAUGGCAAGGUGGGCCGACCUCUGGUGCAGGAGCUAUCGUUGCAGGUGCCGAGCGGCCAGGCACACCAGUCCGAGAAUGCAGCUGACAAGGGUGGAUUCCAGAAGUACAUGGACUAUGCCAAAUACACCCAGGGUCACGGCUCGCAGGGUGGAGACUACAAGCAAUAUAUGGACUACUCCAAGUACACUCAAGGGCAUGGCUCGCAGGGUUCGGACUACAAGCAGUAUAUGCAGUCCUACGGCGGGGACUACAGCAAAUAUACGCAGGGGCACGGCUCACAGGGCGGUGACUAUAAGCAGUACAUGGACUACUCCAAGUACACUCAAGGGCACGGCUCGCAGGGUUCGGACUACAAACAGUAUAUGCAGUCCUACGGCGGGGACUACAACAAAUACAUGCAGGGGCACGGCUCACAGGGGGGCGACUACAAGCAGUAUAUGGACUUCUCCAAGUACACUCAGGGGCACGGCUCGCAAGGUUCGGACUACAAGCAGUACCUCCAGUCCUACGCCGAUGAUUACAGCAACUUCCCCAUGGCAGAGCAUCAGGUUUGUUCUUUUUUGGUAGAACAUCAGAUUGGCAAGUACACCCAGGGGCACGGCUCCGAGAAGAGCGGCUUUCAGAAGUACAUGGAUUACUCCAAGUACACCCAAGGUCAAGGACAGCAGGGCGCAACGGAUGCGGCUUUGAUGUUGGCAGCAACCGGCCCGAAUGCCUCUUCCGAGCAUGCCCGGUCGAGUGAGCGAGAAAAGCAGCAUGAGCAGCGGGAAAAGCAGCGCGAGGCCCAUGAGCGCCAGCAGGAAGACGAGCGUGAGGAGCGAGAGAAGCAGCGCGAGAGCCAUCUGCGGCAGCAGGAGAAGGAGCACCUGCGCCGCGAGCUGGAGUCUGAGCACGCGAGCCUCCGUGCGGAGCUUGCAUCGGAGGAGGAGCUCUUGAGGCAUGAGCUUGCUGCCGAGGCCAAGGAGGCUGCAGCGGCGGUCGGCAAGGCAGCAAACGCCGCCAAGGCCGAUGUGGAAGGCUCGACUGCGUCCCACCCAGCGCUGUUGGUCGGUGCCCCUGACCAGCAGAACACAGAGGAAGCGAAGGAGAGCAAGUUGCGUGCGGAGGAGAAGCAGCACCUGCACGACGAGCUGGCCGAGGAGCGCGAGCGCUUGAGCAAAGAGCUCGCAGAGGAGAAGGAGAAGUUGCGACAGGAGCUGGCUGCGGAGAGGAAGGAAGAGCAGGAGGAGCAGGCAAAGGAGCAGAAGGAGGAACAGGCUCCAGCCACGCAGCUCGCGACCAUUCCAGCUAGGUCACAGCCACUGUUGCUCGUGGCCGGUGGUUUGUCGCUCGGUGCCUUUGCCGCCGCCGCGGCAGUGCGCCUGCGCCGCCGGAGCCAGGUGCAGUGGAACGGGGCCGACGACUACCUUUUGUAUGUUGAGGCACCCGCAGAGAUCGCCUAG